AUGAAAUAACCUGAAGGAGAAGAUGAAAACUAAAAAGACGAAUAAUAAUAAUAAAUCCCAUAAUAAAAUAAUGAACAUAUAAGCGAAUUAUCAUAAGAAUCAAGUGAAUAUGAUGAACAUGGAAACAGGAAGGUUAAAAGUAAAAAAAAUAAGCGCCCCUAGUAAAAUAUAUAGCCUAAGUAGGAAGAAGAAUAAUAUUUACAAGAAAGUUCUUAGUAAUAAUAGUAAUUUUAAUAAGGCUAAUAAUAAAUUAAAAAACUUCAAAAAACUAAAAGUUAAAAAAAUUUGAUUGAAGAUACUCAUUUCUAAAAAGGUCUAUAAAAAAAAUUAAUUGAAAAAUAACUUUUUCCAAAUCAAAAUUAAAGGUUUAUUACUACUAAUCCUUUAUUAAAAAAUAAGAAUAAAUUAAAAAAGACUUAAUAAUAAUAAAUUUAAUAAGAAAAUUAUAUUAAAUAAGAAGAUGAAAGUGUAUAAGAAUUAGGUAUAUAUAAAAAAUAUAAAAUUAUUAAACAAAAAAUAUUUAGAUGA